UCAGAGUUAAGAUAAAAGAAUAAAAUAAAUAUAUUAGAAUUAUAAAUAUUAUAGUACAUUUACUUAUUUUAAUAAGCAUUGAAAUGGAGCACGAAAUUAUUUUUAUUGUAUGUAAUACAUCAUUAAAUGACGGGAUGAAUUUAACAUCCAAUGUGAUCCCUGCAUCUUCCGCCUCUGACUCUACGGUCAAACAAGGAGAGAUACAUAAUUGAAUAUUUUGUUGCUUUUAUAUAAUAUUAAUAUAAAUCGUAAUGCUUCAGAAUUAUAAUGUUCGUCUUAAAUUUUUUAUUUCGCUUUCCUUCAGUGUCUUCCAAAGUAUGGUGUAUGAAAAAGAUAUAUAGACGAAGUUUAGAAUUUUCCCAUCCUCGUCUGCUAGUGUUUUUACGUUUCCAGCAAAAUUCAUUUCAGAAUUCAUUUGAACAAUUUAGAAUGGCUUCAUCAUCUACCAGCAUUGAAAAUAACAAUGAAUGUGAUAAAAAAGAAGAAAAAACAAGGUAUAAAAAUAGACUAGCACUGGAAAGAUCUCCAUAUUUAUUACAGCAUGCAUCUAAUCCAGUUGACUGGUAUCCUUGGGGAUCUGAAGCUUUUGAAAAGGCUGUUCAUGAAGAUAAAAUGAUCUUUCUAUCAGUUGGAUACUCUACUUGUCACUGGUGUCAUGUAAUGGAGAGGGAAUCUUUUCAAAAUGAAGAAAUUGCUAAGAUAAUGAAUGAAAAUUUUGUCAAUAUUAAAGUGGAUAGAGAAGAACGACCAGAUGUUGACAAAGUGUACAUGACAUUUGUUCAGUCUACAACAGGAGGUGGUGGGUGGCCUAUGAGUGUUUGGUUGACUCCGGAAUUGAAACCUAUUUUAGGCGGAACAUACUUCCCCCCUGAUGAUCGUUACUAUGGGCAACCUGGUUUCAAAACUAUUUUGCAGCACAUUGCACAGCAGUGGCAUAUAAACAGAGAAAAAGUUUUAGAUCAAGGAAGUAGAAUUCUUGAAAUAAUUAUUCAAUCAAUGAGCCUUAAAGCCUUCUCUGAAUCAGGAAAAAUGCCACCUAGCUUAGAUUGUAUCAAGAGUUGUUUUUCAGAACUCUCACAGACAUAUGAUAAAGAAUAUGGUGGAUUUGGAAGUGCUCCAAAAUUUCCACAACCAGUUAUUUUUAAUUUUCUAUUUCGGGUAUAUGCUACUAAUCCUGAAUCGAAGGAUGGAAAAGAAUCUUUGGAAAUGGCUUUGCACACUCUUAAAAUGAUGGCACGAGGAGGUAUUCAUGAUCAUGUUGCUAAGGGCUUUCAUCGUUACUCAACUGAUCAAUUCUGGCAUGUACCUCAUUUUGAAAAGAUGCUUUAUGACCAGGGACAAUUAGCUGUUUCUUAUUUAGAUGCUUAUCAAGUUACUAAAGAUUCAUUUUAUGCUGAUGUUGCCCAAGAUAUCCUUGAAUAUGUCUCUAGAGAUUUGCGAGACAGGAAUGGAGGUUUCUAUAGUGCAGAAGAUGCAGAUUCAUUGCCAUCAAAGUCUGACACUAGGAAAAAAGAAGGAGCUUUUUGUGUUUGGACAGAAGAAGAGAUUCGAACACACCUAAAUGAAGAAGUUCCUGGUACCAACUUAACACUCGCAGAUGUAUUUUGCCAAUAUUUUAAUGUACAAGCUGAUGGAAAUGUGGAUCCUUAUCAAGAUCCACAUCAUGAAUUAAAGGAGAAAAAUGUUUUAAUAGCAAAAACUACCGAUAUUGAUUGUUCAAAUAAGUUAGGUAUUGAUAUCAAUGUUCUAAGGAGGGCUCUACAGAAAGGCAAACAGAUCCUUUAUGAUGUUAGGCAACAACGUCCCAAGCCUCACAUGGAUGAUAAAUUUGUAACUUCUUGGAAUGGUCUUAUGAUCAGUGGUUUUUCUAGAGCAGCUCAAGUUCUACAAGAUUCAAAAUAUUCGCAGUAUGCUAUGGAUGCUGCUCAGUUUCUGUACAAACAUUUGUAUAACAGUGAAACUGAUUGCCUUCUAAGAAGUGCGUAUAAAGGAGACCAUGGCAGUGUAGCUCAAAUCCUGAAUCCUAUUCCUGGCGUUCUUGAAGAUUACACAUUCCUUAUACGAGGUUUACUUGAUUUAUAUGAAGCAUCAUAUGAUCCAUGGUGCCUUGAGUGGGCAUCAAAACUUCAAACUACUCAGGACUGUUUAUUCUGGGAUGCAGCAGAUGGUGGUUAUUAUAACAGUGUGUCAACAGAUUCAUCGAUUGUAUUGCGUCUCAAAGAAG